CUUAAAUGAACGGUGCGAGUACACUGUAAAUACACAGUAAAAAGUCCUAUGUAAACAAUAGAGAAUUGACGUUCUGUAGUUUUCUGCUUGCAAUAGAGCCCUGCAUAUAUGACAUAUGGCUGAAGGUGGCUCAAGCAUAGACACGACACGGGAGUCAUCUGUUGAUUCAGAAGUGGUGAAACUUAAGGUGAAGCAGAAGGACUGUGAGUUGACAGUGGCACAAACUGAACUGUCGUGGACAAUUAAAGACCAGAAGAAAAAUUGUACAUUUUCUGUACGUCGUCGGGACCUGGUGGCAGUCAAAACAAAAGAGGAUGUGAAGAAUAAAGACUCUACAGUCUUGACGGUUGUUUACGUGAAACAGCAAAAGGAUUUUGUUUUGAAACGCUGUGAAGAGUCAUUUAGUGGCAGUAAUAGCGUGUGCUUGGCAGUGGCGAAAACCCUCCAGGAUGGAAUUAACCAAUGUGCUGACAGGCCAAAGCGUCUCCUUGUAUUGAUCAAUCCUAUCUCCGGGUUUUCAAGAGGAGAGAAGAAUUACAAAAACAUUUGCGCCCCUAUUUUUGAGGAAGCCGGCAUUCAAACUGAUGUCAUAGUAACCGCUAGAGCACAUCACACAGAAGACAUUCUGUCUACUUAUGACCUCAGCUCCAUUGAUGGUAUAACCUUGGUUGGCGGAGACGGCCUGUUCCACGAGGCAGCGAAUGGGAUUGUCAGGCGUAUGGCGGUUGAAACCGGAAGUGACAUAAACAACCUCGAAUUCUCACCAAUGGAAUUUACGAUUCCAAUGGCUUUGAUUCCUUGUGGUACAGGUAAUGGAGUCGCAAAGCAAUUUCUUCGAAACUAUGACAUCUCAACUGCUGUAUAUGCGAUUGUAAUUGGGUUUCGCUAUAAGGCAAAUAUAUGCAGCGUGUGCUCGGAGGGCAGAUUGCUUUCUUACUCCGUUCUUCUAGUCGGAUACGGUGUAUGGGGAGACAUCAUAUAUGCUGCUGAAACAAAAAGACAUAUGGGAGUUUUGCGAUAUCCAGCAUCCUUUUUGUCGUUGCUGUUUGGGAGGUUUCGAACUCUCAAAAUAAAGAUCGAUAUAAAAGCUCCACUGGAGUUUCUAGAGCGCAAUUCAGCAACUAUGGCGUAUUUGGAACAACCCACUGCGUCUGGUAUUAAUUCUAAAGGCAAGGAGACCGAUGUAGACACUCCUGGUCAGGACUCUGAACCGGAGCCGAAGAAAAGUGACGUGUCUGAAAACAGAUCUAACUUUACUUCAUACGAUGGGUAUUUCACCGGGGCUAUUGUGUUUGUUGAACCGCUUUCCUCAUUCGUGAACAUGUUCAUAAAUCCAACACAAGAAGCUGUAACAAACGUGACACAAAUCUAUAUGUCCAAACCAUGCAGAAAAUUCAAGUUCUUCAAAUCUACUUUUCAACUUCUGGACUUGAAUUCGGAAAUCGUCAACAAACCGGCAGAACCAUUUUUGGAAUUAGUUUUCAAGGAGCUUAAAAUCAGAUUAUUGGACCCGCAAGAGGCAACAUCCGAAUCUGGAAGAAAGGAAUUGAUUUUAAAUAUUGACGGAGAAAUAACCAGACUUGAGCAACCAGAGAUUCAUAUCAAGAUGUUCCCACAACGAAUCCCACUGUUUUGCAAUAUCCCUGCCAUCGUUGGUAGAUAUUAAAGUGGCAGAUAAAAAUGAAGAUUAGUUGACGGGUGAUUCUUGUUAUAUUUGGAGCAAACAUGAGGUUGUGUUUCAAAGUUUUCUUGAAUUGUGUUUUAUUCUCUUUUGAAUCCAUUAACGUUAUAUAUUCUUUAAAAUAAUAAUAAAAUGUGUUGUUGUUGUGGUUGUUUUUCACUGUACCUUUUCUCUUUAAGGAAAUAAAUUGAUUUCAUAGUAAGUGUACUUGAUAAUUAAUGACAUGUUUGUGUCACAUGCCGAGAAAAUGGUGUAAUAAGUGUGUCACUUUGCAUCGCAAUACUAGUGUUCAUGACCAUUAUUAUAUGGUAUAAGCAUAUUAUUGCAAUCAUAAAAAGGUUAUAAUUAAUUACCACAGUAUAAUCAUGUAUUUCAUUUUUAAUAAUGAAGUAUUUGUGAAUUUAGUGUUUAUUAAUUGGAAUUAAUUAUGUGUUAUUAGAAUUAAAUAUGUGUUUGACACAAUAUUUUGCUUUAUUUUAAUGCAGCUAAAAUUUCAUUUUGUUUUUCUUUGAGUUGUGCACUGAAAUACGCAACGGUUUGUCUUAAAAAAGGUCACCUGAUCAUUGUAUUAACCUUUUUAGUCCGCUAGAGUACGAAAUCAAAGCCAGAUUAAGGUAUUGUAUAUUUAUUCGGAAUAUGUUUUGUCAUGCAUUGUUCGCUUACUUGAGUACACAACAAUACUCAUAUUUAAAGGUAUACAUGAAACUUUACACAAUGUUGUGGUGUUAAGAACGUUCAUUAUUACAAGUAUUUAAAUGUGGUAUUACGGAAUGGAUUUUUACUGUAUUUUGGCCAUCUCUUUAUCUGUGUUAUGGAAGCCGUAGUUUUUGUUAUGUAAACAAAAUAGUAACAGUUUAAGCAAUUUAUCCUCGUUUAUCUUGUUUGUAUUUGUUUUAUUUGUGUAUUAGUGUUUAUUGUUAAGGUACAUUUUAGUCCAUAGAUAAUAUAAGAAUAGCAUAUGUGCCAUAUUACGAUAAGAAGUUUUUGUACUAUUCACGUUUACUCUGUUAAGCACGACAUAUUUAUAUUUCAUCUAAUUAUUAAUGUUUGUUAAUGGCGUGUGUUAUUUUCCAAGUACAAUGGUGUAUUAUUAUGGUGAACAUAUCAUUUGAAUGUCUUACUAUUCUUGUUGUCAUGUGCAAUUUUGUAUUAAAAAUAUAGACCGCU